CAGCAAUUCACUCGUAAUUUGCACUGUGACGAAUCGCGUUCAUCGCUAUUUGUUAACGCUGACAAGCCAAGAGCCAACCACCGCACUCGCUACUCAACUGCCUCGAGUGAGCCGAGCAUGCCGGGUAGAACCGAGGGGAUGUCGUGAUGGCAGAGAGGUCCCGGCGGCCGAGCUCCGAGCUCGGAUCAGACCCGGCUUCAUCACCGCCGCCAGCCAAGAAGCCCAGGACGACCUCCGGGGACUACGGAGAGUCCGGUGAAUCCUCGGUGGAACCCAAAUCACUCGGGGAACCGGGAACAACAACCCCGCCGCCGGUCACUUCGAGCGUCGGCAGCGAGCACACCGAGCCUCGAGGAGCCGAUCAGGCGGGAGGCCAGCCAGACGAACGGCCCUCGGCUCCGUCCCCAGUUCCCGGCCCUUCGGGCAUAACGGACGCGGAGGGAGACGUGAUCGUCGUUCCUCUGCCACCCUUGUCUCUCUUGCCUAAAUCGGGCAGCGGGGAGACGAGCGCCGGGCAGCUGGAGCCCGGCAUCGCCGGAGCUUUCACGGUGCAGGCAUCGCUGAUGGGAGAGUCAACCCACUACCAGGAAUUGUCCCUUAUCGGGAACGGGGCCUACGGGACCGUCUACAAGGCGAAGGACCCCGCGAGCGGGCAGGUUGUCGCUCUGAAAAAGGUCCGCGUCCCGAUCACCGACGAUGGCCUACCGACCUCGACGCUGCGGGAAAUUGCCGCCCUCAAGCAGCUCGACCAAUUCGAGCACCCGCACAUUGUAAAACUUUUGGAUGUCUGUCAGGGCCUGUCGACAGAGGACGAGCGAUCGGAAACGGUGAACCGAGGCUUAACGUUGUGGCUCGUAUUCGAACACGUCGAACGAGAUCUCGCCUCGUUCAUGGCAUGCUGCCCUCCGCCCGGUAUUCCGGGUAACAAGAUCAAGCAAAUGUCCAGGGAAAUACUCCUCGGCGUCGACUUCCUUCAUAGUCACAGGAUCGUUCAUCGUGACCUCAAGCCUCAGAAUUUGCUCGUCACGAGUCAAGGGAGAAUCAAAAUAGCUGACUUUGGUCUGGCCAAGAUUUAUGACUUCGAAAUGCGGCUCACUUCCGUGGUCGUAACGCUGUGGUAUCGGUCGCCGGAAGUACUUUUGGGAUGCGCGUACGCGACUCCGGUGGACAUUUGGUCAGUUGGGUGCAUCCUGGCCGAACUCAGCAGACUUGAACCACUUUUUCCAGGAACGAGCGAAGGCGAUCAGCUAGACAGAAUAUUUCAAGUGAUUGGCACACCGUCGCAGCAAGAAUGGCCGGAGGACGUCUCUUUGGGUUGGACAGCGUUUCCGCACCGACAACCUGUUCCUCUCAGAUCUGUAAUUCCGGAUCUACCCGAUCCUGGUUUGGACUUGAUACAAAAAAUUCUCAAGUUCAACCAGCGUAGUCGUUUGACUGCCGCACAAGCGCUCAAUCAUCGAUACUUCACGGCAGAGAGUUCUUGAUGAUACGCGGUAAAAGGCUCGGUCAUUCUCUCCACCGAAAUUGGCCAAGAUGUGAACGGGUUCUUUACACCGGGGGAAAAGAUUGUUUGGAUCGACAACGGCAUCUCUGUGGGCGGCAAAAAAAAUAUUCUAUUUGAGGUAUUGAAAUUUUUCUUGGGUCGACAAAAUAUUUUUUUCCGGCAACAAACGUUUAGCUGCCUCGAGUGAUACAUUUUCUUCGUUGCGGCAAAGUAACUAUCGUUGAUCCAAUUAAUCCUUUCUCACCGUGUAACUAUAGCUUAACUCUCAUAGCAUAGAACAAUAGCCUCAUAAGAAAGUUAUUAUCAUUCCAAGGGCACGGAAGCGUAGAGAAAUUAUUACGGACACCAUAAUAUACAAUAAGUAGUAUCUGUGAAAUGUAGAUUCUAUUAUCGAAUAUCAAGUAUCCAGGUUGAAACGGGUCUUGACCAGUGAUUCGCAAUUUUACGCGUCGUAGAACGCUCAAUUUUUAUCUCCGAUAUUUCAUUUGACAUGAUAGACAUGUUGGUUAGUAUUGUUUACUGUUUAGAGUAGCCUGUGAAGAAAUUUGGAGGCUCGAGUAGGUUCGUACUUUUCGAUCCUUGUGUUUUUUCCUUUCCCAUUGAAUUCUUUUCAGUUUUGCUAUCGUCUUCUUAAUUUAGAAAAUAUACGUGUAAUACGCGAGUAUUUAAGAGAAACUGCGCUGAAGAGAAAAACGUUAUAGAUACCACUUAAAUAUUUGUUCAUCGCGGCUGGCGCUUGGUAAUGCGUUGAAAGAAACACUUGUUUGUAGUGUAGAACCCGUUUUAAGGUUGGCGCCUCGAGUUUGUCGUCUCAUGCGACGAAUCCUGGAAAGAUCCAAUUUGCUCCCGAUUUGCGCCUAUAAAUCUAC